AUGCGGUCAGCAGCAGCAGCAGCAGGUUUCCCCCCGGCCUCCCAUGCCUUUCUCGCCUCUCCCGCGCUGCGGCUGCUGCAGCCGCCAGCAGCAGCAGCAGCAGCAAGAACUGCAGCAGCAGCAGCAGCAGCAGCAGCAACAGCUGCCUCUUCUCCUGCUGCCGGCAAACGGAAAAUAUGGGCAGAGCAUCCCCAUGUGUCUGCGAACUGGAGAAGCAGCAGCAGGCUCUUAGCAGCAGCAGCAGCAGCAGCAGCAGCAGCUGGCAGCAGCAGCAGCAGCAGCAGCAGUAGGCUGUGGGGCGUCAGCAGCAAGGCCUGCGUUGGCGCAGCUCUAAAACGGCUGCGGCUGCGCAUCCAGUCAGCAGCAGCAGCAGCAGCAGCAGCAGCUGCUGCUGCUGCUGCUCGUUUGUUUGCUGCUGCUGCUGCAGCAAACCGGCUGCUGCUGCGGCUUGCUGCUGCUCCCACGCUGCGCAACAGCUUCGUGCUGCAGCUGCUGCUGGUGGCUGCUGCCUACACUGCCCAUUUGCUGCUGAUUUCUCCCCACGUGCUGCUGCUGCCGCCGCUGCUGCAGCAGCUGCUGCAGCUGGAAGCAGUGCAUGCAGACUCUGUUGCAGGGCUGGCGGCCCUGGCCGUGGGUGCUGCUGUGCUGCUGCAGCAGCGCCGGCAGCAGCAGCAGCAGCAGCAGCAGCAGCAGCGGGACCAGGUGUCCCAGGAGCACUGGCUGCCGUGGAAGGUGCUGCUGGGUCACUUGGCUUGGGUGGGAGUUGGCCUUGUGGUGCUGCGGAGCGCCUUGCCUUCCUUCAGAGCAGCAGCAGCACCGGAUGCAGCAGCAGCAGCUGAAGCAGCAGCAGCAGCAGCUGCUGCUGCUGCUAAGGACGCUGAGGCAGUUGCUGAGCUGCAGGAAGCUGCCAAUGCAACGCAGGCAGCAACAGUAGCAGCAGCAGCAGCAGCAGCAACAGCAGCAGCAGCAGCAGCAGCAAACGCCCCACUCGACGAGCAGGACCUCAGCGAGGCAGUGCGGCAGGCGCUGAGGGCAGCAGAUAAGCUCGAUCAUCUGCUGCAGCAGCAGCAGCAGCAACAGCAGCAGCAGCAGCAGCAGCAGCAGCAGGAAAAGCCGCAGCGAGAAACCGGCGCAGCAGCAAAUAAAGCUGUGACUCGUCUCGCCUUUUUAAGACCGACGGCAAGUCUGUUUACUCAGGCGCGAGCUAAGGCAGCAGCAGCAGCAGCAGCAGCAGCAACAGAAGCAGCAGCAGCAGAAGCAGCAGCAGCAGCAGCAGCAACUAGUGCACCUGCGGAAACACCCCUACGAAGGCAAUGGGCAGCACUGCGGGCGGCGCGAUGCGGAGUUGCUCGUGCUGCUGCUAUACUCGGAGGACGGCUGAAGCAGCAGCAGCAGCAGCAGCAGCAGCAGCAGCAGCCGCAGCAGCAGCAGCAGCCGCAGCAGCAGCAGCUGAGGUCCCUCGUCCACCAGCUGGCUGCUGCGAGCGACCGGCUGCACCUGCGUCUGUCGCUGGCCGCUGAGCAGCUCUCCUCCCUGCUGCAGCAGCAGCAGCAGCAGCAGCAGCAGCAGCAGCAGCAGCAGCAGCAGCAGCAGCAGCAGGUGGCCUACUGGUACAGCUUUCCCACGCGGGGGCCCCGCCGCGGAGGCCUGUGGGCCUGGUGGUCCAUCUUUGGAUAUUUUGUUUCUUGUCUUUGCUUCAAUGCUGCAGCACUUCUCAAUGCCGCGCUUCUUGCUGCUGCAGCAGCCAACUCCCAGCCAGUAAGCAGCAGCAGCAGCAGCAGCAGCAGCGCAGCAGCAGUAGCAGUAGCAGCAGCAGCAGCAGUAGCAGCAGCAGCAGUAGCAGCAGCAGCAGUAGCAGCAGCGCAGCAGUAG